UGUACUUUUUUAUCUCUUGCUCUCCGAAACGAAGAAUUGAACGACGCCGGGCUCUCUCGUUAUAUUAUGUCACGCGUUAUGACUUUAAGCUGCUGCUGCCACACAGAAAUCUCGUAAGUGCAUACAACAACAACAACAAAUGUGUGUCGAUGUGUGGGAUACGUUGAACUUCCGCUGUGCAGCAGAAUAACAUUAUAUGUAGGUUAGACGCGACCACCUGCUGCAACUCGGACUCUGAGAGCUAUAAAAAAAUGACGACGACGAAGCACAAGAUCACCUCGGAGGUAAUGAUCGAGAAGGACGCCUGCAGCGAGACCAACGAGGAGGGCAGCAACAGCGCGGUAUCGAAAUUCUUUUUCGUACUUCCGGAUUACAUGAGACGAAACCACAGCCACAGCAGCAGUAACAAAAACGGACAAUCGUCGACGACGACGAGCCUCGCGGUCGACGAGGACGGCGAUCUCGUGCUCGAUCGUAAACCAGCCACCGAGGCCGCCAUCUCCAUAGAGCACAGCAUCGCCACGGAACUGAAACUCGUCGGUCUGCAGAUAUGGCGGGGCGCUCUGCUGCUGGCCGAUUACGUGCUGUCGCAUCCGGAGCUGUUUCGCGACAGGCACGUACUGGAGCUGGGCUCGGGUGUGGGCCUCGACGGCAUCGUCGCCUCCAGCCUGGCGCGCGAGGUCUGCUGCACCGACAUCGACUGCGGCACGGGCAUACUCGAGCUGAUCGAGCGCAAUUUCAAACGCAACUCGGAGCUGGUUAAAGCCAAGGUCAGCGUGUGCGAGCUGGACUUUUUGAAUGCCGAUUGGUGUCCGAAAUUGAGAAGCAAGUUGGAUAAGAUAGACGUGAUAAUGGCUGCCGACGUGAUUUACGACGACGAGAUCACGGCGGGCUUCGUGGCGACCCUCGCGCGACUACUGGACGAGACGCCGGCCCGGGCGGCCUACGUGGCGCUCGAGAAGCGCUACGUGUUCACACUGGCGGAUCUCGACUCCGUGGCGCCGAUGUACGAGGAGUUUCGGCGCUGCGUAAGAAGGCAGAAGCGCGACUGGCUGGUGACCGAGCUGAGCCUCGACUUUCCCCAGUACUUCGCCUAUCAGAGGCUCAAGCAGCUGGUGCUGCUCAAGAUCGAGAAGAAGACGAGAUGACGACGAGAGAGAGCGUGAAUUCAUCAUUAGUAUUAUCAUUUUGUUUUUUUAUUGAUUCAAAACGGAAUAAAAAUGUGCGCGGUUGUGUGUAUAUUUUGUGUAUAUAUUAAAAAAAGAGAAGUCACUGGGCAAUUUGUUCGAGCGUCAUUUAAAAGCGACGCGUGUGUCAUUUCGGCCACUCGGCGAGCCAAUUGGGAGGAGCAGCAGCGCCGCGCAGGUGGCACGACGAGGCGGUGGUGGUGGCCACCGUCGUGACGUUGGAGAAGAGGCUCUUGGCCAGGGCCAGCUGGACGUAGCGAUUCUUGCGCGCCUGCUGGUCCGAUUCCUCGCGCAGCGGCUCGUUCUCGCGUCUUAUCAAUUUACCUGUGUCCAAGUUGGAUCAUAAAGAAAGGAAAAGUUUCGAUUCUUUCUUCCGAAGGCUUGAUUUCUU